AUGGCUCCACGAACUCCGGAGGAGCGCAGCGUCGCAGCCAAGAAGGCCGCUGCGAUCAGGAAAGCUAACAGAGAAGCUGCCGCUCAGAGAGCUGCGUUGCUGGGUCUCGCCUACGACCAGUUCGACCUGCCGCUAGAACUCGAAGAGGAUGCGUGGCAGACGGAGUUUACUGGCUCUGUGCACGGCAGAGUGACCGAAGAUGAGCUUGCUGAAGACUGCAAGACGAAAGUAUGGCCGCUUGCUCAGCAACAUGCUCUACGGCACUACUUCAACCGCGCAAAGAAGGCAUGCCAACAGAUUUCUCUGGAAGGCAGCGAACACUGGGCGCACAAGGCCGUUCGUGCUCUGGCAGAGAGGAGAGAGUAUGCUUGUGGCGGUUUGCAUUACUCUUUGUAUGGGGGUUCGGAGGAAGAGUCCAGCGCCAGAGCAGAGGCCCUGCGCCACUUUGAAGCAACGGUCCAGCGCUACAGCGAGUUCCGAGAGCUUUACGCACUGGAGGAGCAGGACGCCCACUAUCUCAGUUUGGAGAAGGGGCUGAAAAGAUGGCGCAAGAUGCUCCGUUCUAUUCCAAGGGGCUGGGCCGCGCAACUCGAUACGGCAAGCAGCUCGGCUUCGAACGUGGCGGAUGAUGAGACACCAGGCGACGACGGUGGAACAGCAGCAGCCUUGAAUCAGAGCGCCGACUUUCAGGGAGAGAAUGCGCAACUCUCUAUGGAGCGCAACCCUUUGGCGGAUUCGGCAGACGAGACACUGCAACGGUCCUUGAGAGAACGGCACGCGCAACCUGCUGUGGGCGGCAACUUUGACAAGUCUCUCGAUUUUGGCCUCGGCACACGAUUCCCCCAAAAUGCACAUCCGCAACCAAGCGCGGCGCGCAACCUUCAGAAGGGCGCACACGGCGGACGCACCGUGCGCAAGCGUUCUCACCUUCCGAGCUCACCAGAGCAUUCCGGUGCCGAGCGCUCUGGUGCUGGCUUGAGCAAAGGAAAGGGUUCAGCUAAGGUGUCACGGACGGCCUCUAAACCAUCGCCAUCUUUCAAGACGACAGGAAGUCGGGCCUUGAAGAUCAACAAGUUUACCUCCGCCGAGGAACCACCCCAUAGGCUGGGUCCCUCACUGCUUCCAGGACUUUAUCGACUCCCAAAUGGCGCCGUGGUGCUUCUCAAUGCUGGAGUAGUCGUCUCGGUCCAGGGCGACAAGGAUUUUGGACAUCCGAGGGAUUUGUUCAAGGCAUCUCUCACCGGCGCUGCGUUUAUCACGAUGCAAUGGAGAUCCACGCUCUCUCGAUCGCUGUCGUCCAGCGGGCUGUGGGAGCAAGAGCCGGGCGUUUUCUCCAGCUUGCGGGAUGAGUUUUCUUACAGCGCGCUCCUUGACUAG